GUCAUUUGUCUCCUAGUCUCCAUCCAUCUCAUGGCACCGUAAAGUAUUUCUAUACGGCUGUAUUGCCUACGGCGUGGCAAUAACAGUCUAUAAACGCACAUGGACCUCGCCAUGGAAGUCGUGGAUAGUCGUCCGUUGUCUUCUGGUUUGGAAAGAAUAUCAAAAGACUAUAUUCCAGUCUCACACGUAUCUGUCAACGCGGAAGCCGAGGUCGACAAUCAUGAAGGCGAUAUCUAUCGAGGAGCUCCUCCGUCUCCUGCUCCAACUCAUAGACCAGCAUCAGCGGCGUCGGGCAGCUCUUCGUCGUCUAGCUCAUCUUCAAGCGUUGCAUUCGGCGGCAGACUUGGUGCAAUCUCUGCCCUUGUUGAACAUGCCAUAUCUCAUUGGGCUCGAGCAUGGGCAUCGACUUCCUCUUUGGCUUCAUCUUCAUCUUCCACGUCUUCUUCGUCCUCCACGUCAAGUGUUAAUUCCAAGACGACUAAGUCUCGGACUCGCCGGCGACGUCCUCGACCAAGCCUUGCGGACCUUCAGAAUGCCAAAUCCGAACGGGAUAUUGCUGCACGCAUAAGGGCUCGAGAGGCUUCAAGGCAUGUUCCUCGAGAAUUUGUCUUAUAUACCCCACCUCGCCCUGGUUCAGCCCCACAUCUGCCGCCAACACCUGUCGGAAAACCUCAAGUCGGGGUGUUGCGGACGACCUCUCUACCACAAAUUCUUGCCAUGCUCAGUUAUGCGCUGAAGGACAACCUCAGAUCUCGGCGUGUACAGGAGACUUCUCGAUCGCCACCUCGAGCUGAACCAAGUGUCUCAGCCCGUUCUACGCCCCCGCUUCUACAUCAUGAUUACAUGAUCCCAGAAGAGCUGCAACUCAGGAAUAUAUCUACCUUGUCGCCCGCCGAGGGGCCUCGCAAGAAAGUGAAGAAAGGAAAGCAAAGAGCUGGUAGACCAGGUCCUUCUGCUUCUGCCCCGAGUUUGAUGCAUGUGCCGUCGGAACGCGACUUGGACAGGGCGUGGUGGUUGGAUGUUUCAAGUCCUACUUGGGAGGACAUGCGGGCAAUUGGGAAGGUGCGCAUAUAUCCAUUUAUUGUGUUGACAAUUAUUAUUAAAGCAUUUCUCGCCAAGUUGCUUCAUCUACAUCCGCUAACCCUGGAAGAUAUCCUCCAACAAGAUCCUCGAGAAAAGCUAGAGCUCUUUCCAAAGCUUGGGUAUUACUUCAUCAAUUUCCGGGCGAUUGAAAGUCACAAAACGAGAGAACACCGUCGCAAGCGGAUGGCUAGUAUCGGUGACGAGGCUCGUCUGCAAGACGAGGGUAUCGUUGGAGAGGUUAACGUCUACCUCGUCGUCUUUAGGGAAGGCAUCUGCACGUUUCACUUCGCUGAUAUCUGUGAACAUGCCGAUGCCGUUAGGAACAGGGUGUUGAUGCGCGAUGAGACCGUCACCAUGUCUUCUGACUGGAUCGCCCAUGGCAUCAUUGACUCCAUCGUCGACUCCUUCUUCCCCUUCCUGGAUGAGAUAGAGAAGGAGAUCCUUGACAUCGAGUCUAUUGUAUUCUCUGCAGGAGCCACUAUCGAUGAACAAAAUACGCCUUCUCGCGCAUCGGAGAGCACUCUUGCUCCCGAAGAACCUCGUGAUAGUGCGGAUUUGAAGGAGAAGAAGAGUUCGACUCCCAGCAUCAAGGAGAAUGAGACCUACCACAGUGGAGUCGCGAGGACACACUUCUCGAUACCCAAACGUCGCGCACUGUCGUGUCGUCGCAUCAAAGCAGUGUAUCAUAGUUUGAAGGCAAUGAUGCACACAGUCCGCGCAGAUUCAUCUGUGCCAAGUAGAAGCACCAUUACCGUUCUUCGAAUGGCAAAAACGCGAAGACUAGUCACUUCUCUCACGCGAUUCCUCGCUGCCAAGUCAGAGGUGGUAGCGCAGAUCAAGAAGAGAAUGCUCAAGACUGGGGAAGCUGGCCUGGGUAACGGAACCGGUGAUGACCAUGACGUUUUCAUGUACAUGGGUGAUGUUCAAGAUCACAUCCUUACACUUCAGCAGUCGCUUGCUCAUUACGAGCGAAUGUUGAGCCAAUCUCAUCCAACGUAUCUCACCGAGCUGAGACUCUCAGUCUCUAAGGCCAAAUCCGCCAGUGAUAAGAUCAUCGUUAUGCUUUCUGUGCUUACUGUCGGAGUGCUUACUAUCCAGACAAUCAUCGGACUUCAUUCUAUGAAUAUUCAUGUCCCUAGAAACAGGUUCGGCAGCAGGCGGUAUAACGUCUUCGCGACUAUCAUCGCAAUUAGCUGCCUGAUCGUGGUGGUAUAUGGCAUACUGGUUCGUCGGUGGUGGGUCCAGGCCAAAACGCAACGGAAGAGCUGGAACCCUUCAUAAGGUGGAUGCGGACAUCGUGUUUAUUUUGCAACUUCGUUACGACUAUAGACUGGACUCGCCUUCACUUAUCAGGAUAUCUAUCUAUGCCCAUAUACCCCACCACGUAUCUACCCUCGUCGUUUUUAUCUUAAUAUUCGCGUCCCAAUCCCGCAUGUAUCGUUAUACCAAUAUCAUAAUACCGGAUUCAUCCUAAAUAUGUGACAAAGGAGCGGUGGGUGCUAAUAGAUAGUAUGUUAUAUACAGUGAAUGUGACCACAAUGGAAGUUCCUAGGUAUAUCAGACAGGGGAUAUAUGCACUUAGAGGUAUGUGUUUGGAGGGGAUAUAAAUGAAUGCUGAGUAGAACAAGAUUGUAAAGUGUGCCUUACUUAUCGCACAAUUGUACGAUACGCUUGGUCUCUUC